UUUUUUGUCAUUUAUUUAUCGCACGAUCUCGUCAGCUCUUAUGGGAAUUAAACACUCCUCCCGCUGUUUGCUCCUCAGGAGAAAAAUGGCGGACACGGAAAGCACUGAGCAACAGCCCCUGAGUGCCGCCCCAUCCCAGUCGGUCCAGCCAUCUCCUCUACCCAAACCAGUGUCAUCGGUCCAUAAUUCCCAGAGGCCCACACACCCUUCCCACGCACCUCACACCCCUCACUCAGCCAGCUUACCCAGCUGCCCCGGCAGAGGAAAGAUGGCCAAGUUCCUCAACCCCGAUGAGAUGACCUCCAGGGAUUACUAUUUUGACUCAUACGCCCAUUUCGGCAUUCAUGAGGAAAUGCUUAAAGACGAAGUGAGGACGUUGACAUACAGGAACUCCAUGUACCAUAACAAACACAUCUUCAAGGACAAGAUCGUGCUGGACGUGGGGAGUGGUACUGGCAUCCUCUCCAUGUUUGCUGCCAAGGCCGGAGCCAAGCACGUGUAUGGGAUUGAAUGCUCAAGUAUAUCAGAAUACUCUGAGAAAAUCAUCAAGGCCAAUCACCUGGACAAUGUUAUAACCAUCUUUAAAGGGAAAGUGGAAGAGACAGAGCUGCCGGUAGAUCAGGUGGACAUUAUCAUCUCAGAGUGGAUGGGUUAUUGCCUUUUUUAUGAGUCCAUGCUCAACACAGUCAUCUACGCCAGAGAUAAAUGGCUGAAACCUGGAGGUCUAAUGUUCCCAGACAGGGCUGCUCUAUAUGUGGUGGCCAUUGAAGACAGACAGUACAAGGACUUCAAGAUUCACUGGUGGGAGAACGUUUAUGGUUUUGACAUGACCUGCAUCAGGAACGUAGCUAUGAAAGAACCACUGGUGGACAUCGUGGACUCAAAACAAGUGGUAUCCAAUGCCUGCCUGAUCAAGGAAGUGGACAUCUACACAGUGAAGCCAGAGGAACUGUCCUUCACCUCCUCGUUCUGUCUGCAGAUCCAGAGGAAUGAUUAUGUCCACGCUCUGGUCACCUACUUCAAUAUCGAAUUCACCAAGUGUCAUAAAAAGACCGGCUUCUCCACAGCACCUGAUUCCCCGUACACACAUUGGAAGCAGACAGUGUUUUAUCUGGAGGAAUAUUUGACUGUGAAAAGAGGAGAGGAGAUAGUCGGAACUGUCAGCAUGAAGCCAAACGAGAAGAACGCACGUGAUCUGGACUUCAGCUUUGAGCUGGAUUUUAAAGGUCAGCUCUGUGAGGCUGCUAUCGCUCAUGACUAUAAGAUGCGCUAAGUAUCCAGCAGUGGCGAGAGAGACAGUUUGUGACAGUACUCAGAGAAGCAG